UGCUGUCCUGAACUCACAACAUGAAGGUUCUGAUUCUCUUCGCUCUGGGUCUGGUCGCCCUUGCCGCCGCCCGACCCUCCGACAUCAUCGACUUCGAGGAGGACCACAUGGAGCACGAGCAGGAGGGCGUGGCAGGAACGGCCGUGGAGGGCGAGUACUCGUGGGUAGCGCCCGACGGGAACGAGUACCACGUCAAGUACGUCGCCGACCGAUUCGGUUACCGCAUCGUCGAGGACAACGUUGUGCCCAGAAUGCGCAGCGACGUGCCGGAAGCCGAGGACGACGAUGAUUAGAUAUGAAAUAUGUGAUAUGAAAAAUAUAUAUAAUAUUCACGACAAAAUACUUUAUUUGUCUUUGGCCCUGCCUUCC